AUAAGUCCACAGAAACUCAGCGAAGACAUGUUUUGGGCAAAGAUCGACGAGGCAGAACUCGCUACGCCAGAACUGUUCGAAAACAUCAACGACUUGUUUGCCCUGAAAACUAGAGUACAGACAAGCAACAUUGACAUAUCGCAAAGGACUUUUAAAAAAGUGAAAGAUCUGAAAGUAUUGGACGCGAAAACAGCUCAGCUUUUAGCCAUCUUGCAAGGAGCCGUUAAGCUUUCAUUGGAUGAGUGGGUGCAAGCGAUUCUUGAAGUCGACGAAACAAAGUUGUCGGAGAAUGUGAUUCAACAGCUAAUGACAUUCUUCCCCGAAGAAAGCAUCAUUAACCGCCUGAGGGAUUUCAGUAAUAGGUUUUCCGAGUUGUCUGAGGCCGAACAGUUCACAUUGAAGAUCGCGUCCAUUUCCAAACUGAAGCCUCGUCUGCAGGCGAUGAACUUCAAGUUGAAAUUUCCUGAAAUCGUUAACGACGUUAAACCGAAAAUUGUCGCCGUCAUAUCCGCCUGUGACGAAGUGAGGGGUAGUCGGGGAUUUUCGUGUCUUCUUCAACUCGUGCUACUGAUUGGAAAUUAUAUGAAUACGUCUACAAAGAACAGCGAGGCGUUUGCGUUUUCGAUUCAUUUCCUGACGAAGCUCGGUGAAAUCAAAUCUGCCGAUGGUAGACGGACCUUGUUGCAAUAUAUUGCUGAAACGAUGGAGAAGCGGUACCCGAAGCUGUGCAAGUUUACGGAAGAUUUUAUUCAUACCCCUUUCGCCGCGUCGGUGACCCCGGAUCUGCUUGAUAAGAGUCUACGGGAAAUGCGAAGUACCACAAAGGCUCUGGAGACGACGAUGCGCACGUUCAAGCCGCAGAAUGAGCACGACAAGUUCGGUACGGUGAUGGGUGAGUUUCUGACCGUCGCCCAGGAGCAGACCGACCUGCUACAAAGCAUGUACAACAAGAUGGAGGACUCAUUUUCGCAACUGGCGCAUUACUUUGCUUUCGACGCCAAGAAAUACGGGGUCGAUGAGUUUUUCGGUGACUUAAAGGUGUUUAAGGAUGCCUACGAGAAAGCUUUGAUUGAAAACGCACAGCGCAAUGACGCGGAAAGAAAAGCGAAGCGGGCAGAACAAGCUCGAAAGGAGGCUGAGAAGGAAAAGCAAGAACGAAUAGAACAGAAGAAGAAAUUCCUUGACAUAACCAUAUCUAAUCAAGAAGGAGUGAUGGACAGUUUGUUCGAGUAUUUGAAUUCGGGCCAGGCUUUCCCGACUCGCUCGAAAAAAAGCCGUUCGAAAAAUUCUGCACUGCUUGAUGGCCGAUCAAAGCUGACAUCCGUCAGGGAAACUAGUGUCAGAGUUGGUGAGGAACGGUUGAGUGAUGAAAAGUCAAGCACUUACUCCGGACGACAGAUCAAAGUUCGCCGAAAAGGUCAUGUUGCUGUUCCGAUUGGGUCCAACAAUGACAGGGACAGACUGUUUCGUGCCCAAGCGGGCAACGGCAACUCCGCCGACUUUGACGAUUUGGAAAGUUGUGUCAAUCGCCUGCUGUCCACUUAG